AACAAUUUGUAGUUGAAAAGUAUCAAGUAAGUAAUAAAUGGAUGUCGUGUCUAUCUAGAAAUCUGAAACUUGAAGCUUUAUCUAUGGUAUUUAUCCUAAUGACGUUAGCACAACAGAGCAUAAUUGGUAGCAACAAAAUCCUGCUUCCUCCAUUCCUUCCUUAUGCAUAUUGCAUCACUACAUCUUUCACGAGCUUGAUUUCUUUGUCCUACAUUAAUUGACGACUGCAGAUGUAUUCACUGAUAAUUGUAUCGAUUGUUAUCGCGAUUUGUUUGGGCAGUUCUCUAUGUAAAGGUUCGAGGAUUAGGAGGGACGGGAAGUCUUUGAGGUGAGUGGGACACAAAAUAGAACACGAAUAUGCCACGAAAUCACGAGAUCUUGCGUGGGAUUCUAAUAAUAUUUCCUUCGGGGCACAUUACAUGACUCCAAGAUUUUGCACGAGUGUGCAUUCAUUUGCUCUAUCGAUAUUCCAUACCUUCUUGGAUGUAUAUAUGCAUGAUACACAUCUCUUCUCUGUUGCGGAGUACAGCAAUCUCAUUCUGAACUAACCACCCAUCCAGACGACCACCAAAUACAUUACCACUAGUAGGAAAUGGUAUUCUCUUCCUUCAAGCUCGUCACAGGUUAUUUUCCUGGUUCGUGAAAUGCGAACGAAAAUUUGGAUUCGAGACAUUUGAGAUUUCAGUCCCAUCAUUACCACCUGGUGUGGUAAUAAAUGAUCCAAAGAAUCUCGAGUAUGUAUUGAAGAAUGAGGGCAUCUUCGCCAAAGGGGAUUUUUUUAAGAGAAGGUCUUGGGAUUUAUUUGGUGGGGAAUUUAUUAAUACAUUUCCUUUCGUGUGGAGAUACUAAGAGUGCUAGGAAAUGGUAUCAUCAAUGCUGAUGGAGAUUUAUGGAAAGUGCAGCGAAAAGCUGGCUUGAAUUUCCUCAAUGUUGCAAAUUCGAAAGUUCUUACUGAUGUUGCACUUCCACGGUAUCUUGGAGAGACUUUGGAGCACCUCAAAUUGGAAAAAGGCAAGGUCGUUGAUUUGGGAGCUGUGUUUCAUGAAUUGACUACGAAACUUAUGGGCAGGAUGGCAUAUGAUGUAAGGAUUUUAAUUCUCAAAAAUUCGUCAAGAUAUCUCCACUAAAGGUUGUUAGAUGGAUAUGCGUUCUGGUGAUCCAUUCUCAUUAGCGUUUGAGUACGCAUCUGGAGCUACUGGUGAGAGGUUUCAAAACCCUCUUUGGCCGAUCACCGAAAUGAUAUUUGGUGGUCGUUUAAGAUCAUCAAUAGCAAAGGUUAAAGCAUUUGGUGCUGAAAUCGUGUCGAAUGCUGUCAAGACUCGACAAGAACAAAAGGAAAAGGGUAUCGAAAGUAGCUCCUUGGAUUCUAUAUCUGGUAGCUUGAUCAAGUCUCUACUGGACUCAAUUGAUGAUCAUCAAAUGGUAGCCGACGCAGCUCUGAAUUAUCUUUCCGCUGGUAGGUUUUGCAUUCAAUGAACUAUUUGCUUGAUCAUGAGCUAAGAAUUUCAGGUCGUGAUACUACUGCACAAGCAUUGACUUGGGCCUUUUAUCUUCUCAUGCGUCAUCCAAAAGUCAUGGACAAAGUACGGCAAGAAAUAGUAUCUCCGAAUAACGACGAUCCACAUAGAGACUCAACAUCAUACAAACCCACAGCCGUUCCAUAUAUCAUGGCUGUAUUCUAUGAAACCUUAAGACUUUACCCACCGGUACCUUUUGAGAUCAAGCAAUGUGAGCAAUCAACCACAUUACCUGAUGGAACAUUUCUUCCAAAACACGCUGUACUUCUUUGGUGUCCCUGGGCAAUGAACAGAUCCAAAUCAACUUGGGGUGAGGAUGCCGAUGAUUUUAGACCCGAGAGGUGGCUAGAAGAUGGAGUACUGAUUUCAAAGACUGCUUUUGAGUAUCCAGUAUUCAAUGGAGGACCACGUACUUGUCUAGGAAAGAAGAUGGCAGAAAUUGUGGCUGCACAAGUGAUUGCAACUUUAGUGGUCAAUUUUGACUUGACUCCCAUUGAUCAGAAAGAAAGGAUUAGCAAGAAUAGUCUUACUUUACCUAUGGAGGGUGGUUUGCCAUGUAGAGUGAGUGACUACCUUAACUCUGCAUGAAUCACGGUUCCUGUUACAUGUUCUUGGAGGGUCUUUUUUGAGCGAAUAGGGUUGCAGAGGUUAACAUUGGCGAUUUUAAUAACUAGCCAGAUUCAAUAAUGGAUCAUAAACAUCCCAUUUCGAGCUGAUUGAUCGUUUCUGUGUUUGAAACUAUUUUAUUCAAUU